AUGGAAGAUCCUGUCAAGAAGUUGACGGAUUUAAAGAAAUUAACAUUGGAGAAUCAAAAGCUUAUGGAAGAAAUGCGUACACUUACGAGGAGGAAUCGUACUUCACUUGACAUUAACGCCGAAUUAUAUAAAUUACAAGCAGAAAAUCAAAAGCUUACUGAAGAAGUGCUUUCACUAACGAAGAAGAAUAACACUCUUCUUGCGUUUCAGUCCAAAUUAUACGAGAAGGCAAUAGCGGCCAAGAUGUCCAAAGAGGCUACUUUAUCGAGCCAAACCACCAUCGAUCACAAUGUUGAAUUUGGCGAGGAAGAAACUUGGAUUGGAAGAAAUCCACGAGACGGAGUUAGAAAAGGAGUCAGAAAUUCAUAA